AUGGUGAAAGGAGCAGACAGGAAGAAGAAGAAAGGGAAGGAGGAAAAGGAGAAAGAAAAGGACAAAGAAAAACUAACGAAGUUGAAGUCCUCCGAAUUGGCAGAGGAGGUCCUGUCAGAAGCGGAGCCGGUGCAUUCCGAAGGAAAUCUGACGUGUCGGAUGGUGUCGGAACAUCAGGAUGAAACCACUCCAGACAUGUCCGAGGGCUCCGAGCGCCAUGGCCAGACGCAGGAAACCUCGGCGGUUUUCUAUGAGGAGCCUAUCCUGACCAAGUUAAUAAUAGAGAGCUAUGAGGGAGAGACAAUACGAGGUCUUUACGAAGGUGUAGGAACUGCCCAUUUCCAAGGAGGUCAUGUUUACCAAGGCAUGUUUUCUGAAGGUCUUAUGCAUGGUAGAGGCACUUACACAUGGAAGAAUGGAAUAAAGUAUGAAGGAGACUUUUCAAUGAAUACCCCUACAGGCCAUGGCACCUACACAUGGCCUGAUGGCAGCACCUAUGUUGGUGAGGUUGUAAAUGGAAUACGCCAUGGAAAAGGAAUAUUCACAAGUACUGACCAAUUAAUUUCUUACACAGGAGACUGGCACCAAGCCAAAAGACAUGGGAAGGGCACCGUUUACUUCAAUCAAGGAGGGAGCUCAUGGUAUCAAGGUGACUGGAUAAACAAUGUCAGGGAAGGCUGGGGUACAAGGCGGUAUAAGAGUGGGAAUGUUUAUGAAGGGGAAUGGAAAGGCUUUCAACGCCAUGGGGAAGGCACCAUGAGUUGGAUUUCUACCAAUGAAGAAUACACAGGGCAGUGGCAAAACGGUUUACAGCAUGGAUUUGGCACUCACACUUGGUUUCUGAAGCGGGUGCCGGGUAGUCAGUAUCCCCAGAGGAACCAAUAUGUUGGGGAGUUUGUAAUGGGAGCCCGGCAAGGGCAAGGCAAAUUCUUCUAUGCUAAUGGAGCAGUAUACUCUGGAGAAUGGGUGGCAAACAAGAAGCAUGGUUUGGGGACAUUCACGUUGAAGAAUGGUCGUACUUUUGAAGGAAAGUUUAUUGAAGAUCGUAUGGUAGAGUUUCCUAAACUUUCAAUCACUGGAAUGAAGACACCAGACCUUGGUACUAUGCAAACCCAAUUGCCACUUGACACUGAUAAUAUCCAAACAGGUGGUUCAAAGGGCAUCAUUAAAUCAGUUCUGGAACGUAACGUGGAACUUGAUAUUGCUUCACUUUUGGAGGUGAUUCCAAAGGAAGACAUACAAAAUGAGCUAAUGCAGUUAGAGUUCGCUACUCUUCGAUAUUUGUCAGAACUGAGGAAAAUAUACAGUUUCUACAGUAGCCUCGGACAUCAGCAAACACUGGAUAAUACCUUCUUAAUGAGCAAACUGCAGUUCUGGCGCUUUCUGAAAGAUUGCAAACUUCACCAUUACGCCCUGAGUCUGGCUGACAUGGAUAGGAUCCUUAAUGUUGCAGAUACACUGGAGGAAACUCACUCUCCAUUUGAUACAUUGUUGCUGGGGAAGUUCCUGAGCUAUAUUAUUAUCCUGGCAUACCAUAUUUACCACAAGAAGCAUGAAGGCCCAGGAUCAUUACUUGCUGCAUGUUUUUCUAAGGUAGUGACCAAUAAUAUUAUUCCUUAUGCCUGCAAUGUUAACGGGAAUUUGUUUCGAGAAAAUCAAUGUGUUGUAAUUGCACUUGGCUAUAUAAAUAAAUGUUGGGAGGUGUACAGAGUCUACUGCGAACAAACCCGUAGGCCACCCAAUACCUAUAUCAUGACAAUGAGACACUUUAUAUGGAUGCUCAAGGAUCUAAAUUUAUUUAGCAAGGAUCUAACAGCAACCCAGGUAGUACAGAUCUUGUCUGAGGAUAACCCAGCAGUAUCUGAUGGAACUUAUAAUAACAUGAACAUCGAGAUGGUUUUCUUGGAGUUUUUGGAAGCACUUCUUAUGUGUGCAGCAAUGUAUGUGACUAAAAGAUUGCUCGAGAAUUCAGGUGCAUCUUCUAGAACCUCGAUAGAGGUGAAUGUAAUACACAUAGCAAGUGAUCUAUCUUUGCAAGUGACCCAAGCACCAUCAGAGCAGAUCAUAACCCAAGAGUCAAUAAUAGCAGAACCAAGUGAACAAAGCACAAAACCCACUACAAAGAAACGCGGAGAGUCCACUACAAAGCAUCAGAAAAGGGUCCAGAAGAUAAAGCUCCUUCAGAAAAGGCCCCUCCAGAAAAGGUUCCAGAAGAAAAAGCUCCUUCAGAAAGCCCCUCCAGAAAAGGUUGCAGAAGAAAAGGCCCCAUCAGAAAAGAUUCCGGCAGAAAAGGCCCCAAUCAAAUCGGGUGCUGAGUUGGAAUUCUGGCUGAGUCAAAUUUAUUUCUUCUUUACAAAGAGGUUGUUUCCAGCCCAUGAUCAUGCUGAAGUUCUGAAAGUGGAGGCAAAGAGGGACAUCGUGCGACAGAAUGAGCUGGCUCACCAGGCUGUGAUAAAGGCUGCAACAAGAGCUAGAUUGAAAGAGGAAGCCAUGAAACAUGAGCAAGAGGACACUGAUCUGCUUCUGAUUGUACGUAGUCCUGGAGAACAAAGUGAAGAUGACGAUAAACACCCUUAUCCAACGCAGAAGGUGCCCACAGAAGGUGCCCAUUUAGUGCCAAAUAGAAAAAGUAGUGGAAUUAGAAAGAAGAAAAAGUCUGUAUGAACAAGUUUUGUAUUAACUGGGGAGAAUUUAUGAAACAACAAAAUUAUAUUUUCACAAUCGACGAAACCAGACCAUCUUUUAAUUUUUUGCUGAAAUGUAAAAUCAAAUGUUGGUAAACAAAUAGUUUUCUUUUGCAGCAGUUUUAACUAUAGAACAAACUAAGAUCAAUGCACAAAAAUCUAUCUCAGUGCAAGCCAUGCUGUGAUUAAUAAUUAUUAGUACUCAAAUUCCUCCACAGCUUCAUCCCUUUCCUUUUCUGUAAUCUCCUCCAAUUCUACAAUCUUCCGGACAUCUGCAAUCCAUGAUUUUCUAUGUUCUUGUACAUCCUUGAUUUUAAUCUCUAAACCAUUGAGGCCACAUCUUCAGGUGCUUGGCCUGAGCUCUAGAAUUCCCUCCCAAAAUCUAUCUAUCUUCCUCUGUCUACCUAUAAGCCAAUUCUUAAAAAUACAUGUUUCAAAAAACUUUUGCUUACCUGUUAAUAUUACCGUUGUCAAAUUUGA